AUGAACUGCGUGGACCCGCUGGGGCGCGGCGCGCUGUCGCUGGCCAUCGACGGGGAGAACCUGGAGAUGGUGGAGCUGCUGGUGGUGCUGGGCGUGGAGACGCGCGACGCGCUGCUGCACGCCAUCAACGUGGAGUUCGUGGAGGCCGUGGAGCUGCUGCUCGAGCACGAGGAGCUCAUCCACAAGGAGAACGAGCCCUACAGUUGGGAGAAAGUCGACUGGAACACCGCAACUUUUACCCCUGACAUUACACCUCUGAUCCUGGCGGCUCAUCGGAAUAAUUACGAAAUCAUCAAGAUUCUCUUGGACCGAGGGGCUACACUUCCGAUGCCACACGAUGACUCGCUCCGUCAUUCCAUAUCUCGCAUCAACAUGUACAAAGCCCUCGCAAGUCCUUCGUUGAUAGCCUUGUCUUCCAAUGACCCCAUCCUUACAGCUUUCCAGCUCUCUUGGGAAUUAAGGAAUCUAGCCUUUGCCGAGCAAGAAAGCAAGAGCCAGUACAUGGAGUUGCGGCGACAGUGUCAACAAUUUGCUGUUGACUUGCUGGAUCAAUCGCGUAGCUCCUUGGAGCUGGCGAUAAUUCUCAACCAUGAUCCAGAAAACCCCCCUUAUGAAGAAGGAGAACCAAUGAAACUCGCCAGAUUGGAAUUGGCGAUUGAUUACAAGCAGAAAAAGUUUGUGGCUCAUCCUAAUAUUCAACAACUUUUGGCUGCUAUUUGGUAUGAAGGUCUUCCAGGUUUUCGAAGAAAGACAAUUGUGCAAAAGUUAAUGGACGUGUCUCUGGUAGCAUUACUCUUCCCAUUUUAUUGUACUUUGUACAUGAUCGCUCCCAAUACAAACACUGGGAAACUGAUGAGAAAACCCUUCAUGAAGUUUCUUAUCCAUGCAUCUUCAUACUUAUUCUUUCUUCUAAUUUUAAUUCUGGCGUCUCAGAGAGCAGAGGUACAGGCCAUCCAAUUAUUCGGGACAGAGUCAAUGAGAAAAAAUUUAGAAGAGCAACUACGAAGGCAAAGAGGAAAUGGCCCCACACCUUUGGAAUGGAUUAUUGUUGUUUAUGUUUUAGGUUUUAUAUGGGAGGAAACUCAAGAAGUAUUUGCCGAAGGAAUACGUAGUUACUUGAGGAAUAUGUGGAAUUUCAUUGACUUCACAAGGAACAUGUUGUAUGUUGCUGUGGCAGUAUUGCGUAUUGCUGCAUAUGUUCAACAGAACAGGGAAAUCUCUGUUAAUCCUGCCACAGCGUUCAUCCCCCGAGAACAAUGGAAUGACUUUGACCCUCAGUUAAUUGCGGAGGGCUUGUUUGCUGGGGCAAACAUUUUCAGUGCUCUCAAACUUGUGCACUUGUUUUCCAUCAAUCCUCAUCUUGGACCACUGCAGAUUUCUCUUGGCAGGAUGGUGAUCGAUAUUGUGAAAUUCUUCUUCAUAUACAGUCUUGUUCUGUUUGCUUUUGCUUGUGGUCUCAAUCAGCUACUCUGGUACUUUGCCGAGAUGGAAAGAAAGAGAUGUUACCAUCUUCCUGGUGGUCUCCCAGACUGGGAUAAUUUCGGAGAUUCCUGUAUGAAAUGGAGAUACUUUGGAAAUUUGUUUGAAUCUUCUCAGUCAUUGUUCUGGGCCAGUUUUGGAGGCAUUGGCAUUGAUAGCUUUGAACUUGCUGGAAUUAAAUCAUACACACGAUUCUGGGGAUUGUUAAUGUUUGGUUCAUAUUCAGUGAUCAAUGUGAUUGUACUCCUCAACCUACUUAUUGCUAUGAUGUCAAAUUCCUAUGCAAUUAUUGAUGAACAUUCAGACACUGAAUGGAAAUUCGCUCGCACUCGACUUUGGAUGAGCUAUUUUGAGGAGUCAGCAACAUUACCUCCACCUUUCAACGUUUUCCCGACUCCAAAACUACUUUUCAAAGUUCUGGGUCUUCGCAAGAAAGACAAGUUGAGGCGAAUGUCAACAAGGCGCAAAGAACGCCAAGAAAAAGAAAGAGAUUACAGAUAUUCAGCUGUUAUUAGAGCCCUGGUUUGGAGGUACAUCUCGGCUAUGCAUCGCCAUGCUGAAGAAAACCCUGUUACUGAGGAUGACAUAAAUGAAGUGAAAGGAGAAAUUUCUGCAAUGAAGUGUGAGGUGCUAGAAGUCCUUCAAAGAAAUGGAAUGGAUGUAUCUUCAGCUGAUACAAAGGAAAAGAUGAUUCUUGGAAAGAAGAAUCGCAUUUGGGAGCGCAGGCUGAUGAAAGACUUCCAAGUAGCACCAGUGGCAGCUGAAGAAGAAAUGGACAAACUCAUCAACGAACCUCCUCCAGAGAACGAAGACUCCCUAGCUCGCUUCCGGCGAAUUGCUAAGUUGGCAGUCAUGAAUUCCAGUUCCCAUAAAUGGGGGCAGGUGGUGCAUGGAGUGUGUCAGGCAUCACAAAUUGGCCGCUGCAACAGCCGAGAAUCCUUCAAAAACCAACAAAACUUGCAGAAGGCUAUGGAGCAGGCUCGAAAACUUGUCUCCCAUAGCCCACUUCAC